AGUCUAUGAUAAAUGCAGUAGGGCUCUUAUUUGGAUAAAUUGGAUUGAAUUGAUGAUGAAUGUUAUGCAAAUUAAGGUGAUAUUGUUUUGGUGUAUUCCAGGGAGCAUGCCAUUUAAACUUAAAGGGGAAGUCCCUCCUGUUACCAUGCCAACAGAACUCAUCAACACACAGCCUCAGAGAGGUGCAACCUUGCCACAAGGAAACGCUACAGUGCCCGACCCCCCUCGACACGUCACGCGCACACCCGCCUGCCCACGAUGUGGUCUGGCGGUUCCGAACGACCUAGCUGGAUCCCGCGGCACGAGUCAAGGACGUGGUUCCAGCUUAUCCGUGCAAAGCGGCAAUGUGGCGGAUUCAAAUCAACGCGUUGCUACACCUUCAGACUCAUGUGCUCACCUGCUGCUGGCCUGCCUCUCCUGCCAAUGCUCCACGCUGCUGCUGGCCCUGCUGGAGGCUUGCACGUCUGGCCUGCACGACUUGUGCGCCUGCUGUUGCGGCGCUUGCGCCCGCUGCUGCCAGGUGCUGCGUGAGGCGCCGGUGGAGGAGUUCAACUGCCACGCCCACUGCCACUCGGUCCUCUUUCAGUCCUGCGGCGAGCCGACAGAGUGUCUCGAGUUUUGCAUGGAGUGCUGCCAGAUUUGCCACCACAACUAG